AUGACAAUUUGUAUCAACUAAAAAGCAAACAAAAAGAACCAUUAUUUGAGCUGCUUCCUGCUUUAGUCACAAAGAGAAAGCAGCAGCAGCAGGAGAAUCUUUUGUUCUGUCUCUUUAGCUUCUAAAGACUUGUUUUAACUAGUUGAAGCAAGGUCCAUCGACUCGGUGUUGUGCAAUUACCAGAGGCAAAAAAGGGUCCUUGUUUGUUUGUUCCUUCGGUUGUUGUCUUGUCAUGGUUUCGAGGUCGUAUUCGAAUCUCUUGGACCUUUCUUCAUGUGAUUCCCCGAGUUUCGGCAGAGAAAGAAAGAGGUUUCCUCGGGUGGCUACUGUCCCUGGACUCUUGUCUGAGGUAGAUGAUGAGAGCUGUCACAGUGUUGGCUCUGACGCUCCUUCUGUUUCUCAAGAACGGAUGAUUAUAGUGGGAAAUCAGCUCCCACUUCGAGCACAUCGAAACGAAGACGACGGAGAGUGGUUCUUUAGCUGGGACGAAGAUUCGCUUCUUUUGCAACUCAAAGACGGACUCGGAGAUGAUGUAGAAGUAAUCUAUGUAGGUUGUCUUAAAGAGGAGAUUGCUCCUAACAAACAAGAUGAUGUGGCCCAAACGUUGCUUGAAACUUUCAAAUGUGUACCUGCAUUCAUCCCUCCGGAGCUUUUUACCAAGUACUACCAUGGAUUCUGUAAGCAAUAUCUGUGGCCUUUAUUUCACUACAUGCUCCCUCUAUCACCGGAUCUCGGGGGUCGGUUCGAUCGCUCCCUUUGGCAAGCUUAUCUUUCGGUGAACAAGAUUUUCGCCGACAAAGUGAUGGAAGUGAUAAACCCUAAUGAUGAUUAUAUGUGGGUUCAUGACUAUCAUUUGAUGGUUUUACCGACAUUUUUGAGGAAGAGAUUUAAUAGGGUGAAGCUCGGAUUCUUCCUCCAUAGCCCUUUCCCGUCGUCUGAAAUAUAUAGGACACUUCCCGUAAGAGUUGAAAUUCUAAGAGCACUACUCAACUCCGACCUCAUCGGAUUUCAUACUUUUGAUUACGCCAGGCACUUCCUCUCAUGUUGUGGUAGAAUGCUUGGUCUUUCUUAUCAAUCUAAGCGUGGCUACAUAGGGCUUGAAUAUUAUGGUCGUACUGUGAGCAUUAAAAUCCUUCCGGUGGGCAUUCAUAUUGGACAGCUCCAGUCUGUGCUGAAUCUUCCUGAGACUGAAGCUAAAGUGAUUGAGUUGCGUGAUAAAUUCAUUGGUCGAACUGUUAUGCUCGGGGUCGAUGACAUGGACAUUUUUAAGGGAAUCAGUCUGAAGCUUUUGGCCAUGGAGCAAUUGCUCGUGCAACAUCCUGAGAAUAUAGGUGAAGUUGUAUUGGUUCAAGUUGCAAAUCCUGCCAGAGGCCGAGGAAGAGAUGUAGAAGAGGUCCGGUCUGAAACUUACGCCACGGUGAGGAGGAUUAAUAACAGGUUUGGAAGACCAGGGUAUGAUCCAGUUGUUUUGAUCGAUAACCCUCUUCAGUUUUACGAGCGAAUUGCUUAUUAUGUUAUUGCCGAGUGUUGUCUGGUUACAGCAGUGAGGGAUGGGAUGAAUCUUAUCCCAUACGAGUACAUUAUAUGCCGACAAGGAAACGAAAAGCUAGACGAGACCCUGGGGCUUCAUCCAUCGGCACAAAAAAAGAGCAUGCUGGUUGUUUCUGAAUUCAUUGGAUGCUCGCCAUCUCUUAGUGGGGCAAUUCGAGUAAAUCCGUGGAAUAUCGAUGCUGUGGCUGAAGCUAUGGAUUCUGCACUAAUCGCCUCCGAGGCGGAAAAGCAACUGCGGCACGAGAAGCACUAUAGAUAUGUGAGUACACAUGAUGUGGCAUAUUGGGCACGCAGCUUUUUGCAGGAUCUCGAGAGGGCUUGUGGGGAUCAUUUGAGGAGGAGGUGCUGGGGCUUUGGUUUUGGUUUAGGAUUCCGAGUAAUAGCUUUGGAUCCGAAUUUUAGGAAGCUUUCCGUUGAGCAUAUAGUUUCGGCUUACAAGAGGACCAAGAACCGUGCAAUUCUAUUGGAUUACGACGGCACCUUGAUGCCGACCGGUUCGUUAAAUACUACUCCCAAUAUAGAGGCUGUUGGAAUCUUGAACAAUCUGUGUAGAGACCCCAAGAAUGUUGUUUUCCUUGUUAGUGGAAAAGAUAAAAUGACUCUGAAUGAAUGGUUUUCCUGUUGUGAAAAGCUCGGACUCGUGGCGGAGCAUGGUUAUUCUAUCAGGCCAAACCAUGAUUCAGAUUGGGAAACAUGCAUCUCGCUGUCGGACUUCGAUUGGAAGCAGAUUGCCGAGCCGGUGAUGAAAUUAUACACUGAAACAACAGAUGGUUCUACCAUCGAGACCAAAGAGAGCUCUCUCGUGUGGAAUUACCUUUAUGCCGAUCCCGAUUUCGGAUUUUGCCAGGCUAAGGAGCUUUUAGAUCACCUCGAAAGCGUUCUCGCCAACGAGCCAGUUUCUGUUAAGAGUGGCCAGCAUGUCGUAGAAGUGAAACCGCAGGGUGUGAACAAGGGUCUUGUUGCCGAACAUAUUCUCACGACAAUGCGACAAAAAGGUAAACUCCUUGAUUUCGUUCUUUGUAUCGGGGAUGACCGGUCGGACGAGGACAUGUUCGAGGUGAUCAUGCGCGCGAAGACCGGUCCCUGUCUCUCCCCGGUUGCCGAGGUGUUUGCUUGCACUGUCGGGCAGAAACCUAGCAAGGCAAAAUACUACGUGGAAGACCGAAGCGAGAUUUUGAGAAUGUUGCAGGCUCUGGCGAAUGCUUCCGAACCCGCCGCAAAAACCACUCCCAUCCCGGCUUCUCGCGGUGUGAUUAUCAACAAAGAGUGAGCAGAUUCAAUCUUUUAUCAUCAUCCUACAUGGAUUUCAUACUAUUAAGUGUACAUUGAAUUCCUCAAGUAGUAGAGUUUUGUGGGAAAAAGCAUGGCAAGUAUUGGGCUUCUGGUUAUUGCUUAUAUGCAGUGUCGAAGAAUAAACGGAGAGUUUUGUCCGAAUGUGUGUUUUCUUCUUCUUUUUGAGUGAAUUUGUUAUUGAAUUUAAG